UCGACAAAACAACACUACCGUUUUUCCACAAAAUCACAGCAUGAAUAUUCACAGUAGCAUUUUGCUUAUACUUCUCGUCGCUUUAGGCAUCAUUUUCAUCUCUCUGUUCCAACCGGAGCAAUAUUUCUUCGGUACAGAAUACGACGUUCGUGUCAUAAACGGCUUCUCCAACAACUCCUCAUUGCCUUUGGUCAUUUGGUGCUCCUCCGAGGACAGUGAUCUAGGCGGACGUGCGCUCCAAGAAGGCGACGAUUUCAGUUGGAGACUCAAAACCAACUUCUGGGGCACCACAAAUUUCUUGUGCACCAUGAAGUGGGAAGGAAAAAGAAAACGUUUUGAUGCGUUUAAAGUUCGAAGGGAUUGCCGCCGGUGUAACCCUUUUAGAAAGUGUUCUUGGCUUGUGAAAGAAGACGGAUUUUACUUCAGCAACGAUGAAGUGAACUGGAAAAAAGACUUUCCAUGGUACUAAAUCAAUAAAUUAAUACAGUGCAGUUCGGUUUUAAAUUUUUUGCAGUGCGUUAUGAUGAGGAAUAGUGACGCGUAUGUUUGCCUUUUUUUUGUGUACUGAAGGUGAUAGUCA